AUGGGCACUCACGGGGGGAAGGAGCCCAAAGAGAGGUUAGACUCGGUGAAGAGGACCAGGGACUUCAUCUACCGGCUGCACCCUGCCGACAGAGCGCGACUGCUGGGGGAGCUCCGCGACUUUGAGGCCGCAGCAGCACAACAAGAUGAACAGGUGCCAACUCCGCUGACCGCGCCUCAGAUCAGAUACAUCCUGAUCCACAAUGGUCUUCCCUUCGUGGGCUUUGGUUUCCUGGACAACGCCAUCAUGAUUGCGGCGGGCACACAGAUCGAGUUGUCUAUCGGGGUCACUCUGGGCAUCUCCACCAUGGCAGCCGCUGCUCUGGGAAACCUGGUGUCGGACCUGGCUGGACUCGGUCUGGCUGGUUACGUGGAGGCUCUGGUCUCUAGACUCGGGAUGCAGGGUCCAGACUUGACCCCCGCUCAGGUCGACAUGUGGCAGACACGACUUAGCGCACAUCUGGCCAAAGCCAUUGGCGUCUGCAUCGGCUGUCUACUCGGCAUGUUCCCCCUGUUCUUCCUGCAUGACGACAAGGACGAGGAUGUCAACGCAGCAACCAAAUGA